UGUUGUCGUCGUCUAAUGGCGCAGCUUUGGCUUCGUACUGCCGCCCCGAACCGAUGGCGUUUCAUUCUAGAAUUAAGUGCCGCCGCAGCAGGAGUCGACUACUGCGACAGGCGCUCCGUGGAUACACACACAAUGUGCGUGCAGUGAAAUGGAGUGAAAACGAGUGACCAGAAAAACAGCAAAAAAGCAAAAACAGAACAAAAGAAAAGAAAAGCAAGAAAAAAAACAGCAACAGUCGCUGCGCCCAGGCAACAGAGUGCGCCACCGAUGUGAGCCGUGAGAGUGAAGGUAUUUCCCCUGAAAAAAAACAAAAAGAAAAAAACAGCACGAAACCCCAUAGUAAAACCAAAGAGAGAGUGAGAGAUAUGGAUAGCUCGCCGGAUCUGUCGCUGAAGCUGCGACGUGGGUCCAGUGAUUCGCGGGACAAUUUCUACAUGGAUUUCGCCCAGGGCAUCGACUCGGACAUCGAGGAGGUGGACACCAACGCGACCACCACGGCCGCCGCCAGCACAAGCACGAGCACCAGCAUCACCACAGCGGGGGAUGCACCACUGCCACCGCCGCCCCUCCCAACAGUCUCACUCAGCGAGGAGAUGCUCCUGCUGGUGGCACCGCCACCACCCCCGCUGGCGCCGCUGCUCGGCCAGCCGCUGCCCACGCUGACGGAGGCGGAGGACAUGCCGCCGACGCCCACACCGCCGCCGAUGAUCGGUCAUCCGCAGGCGGAGCCGCAGCUCAGCCUGGACUUGAGCAUCGAUAUGGAGAUGAGUCUGGACGCCACCUCGCCGCCAGGAUCGCCCAUCAAUUCGGUGCUGGAGCUUGAGCUCAUUCCGCCGCCGCCCCUUUCCCCCAUGGAGGAUGCCGGCCUGCGGACGGACGUAGACGACGAUGGCGAGGAGACGGACGAUGCGGAGGAGGCGGCAGCAGUGCCGCCGAUGCUCAUCCCCCCUCCCCCCAUGACAGAGGAGUCUAGGGAUGGGGCUGAUGGUGCCGCAGCAGAUGAGGAGGCAGAGGACGAGGCAGAGGCAGAGGAAGAGGAGGAUGAAGAAGAUGAUGAUGAUGAUGACAAGUCCACACCGCCACCACCAUUGCCGCCACUGCCCUCAAAUCUGUCGUAUGUCCAGGGCAACGUCACCCCGCCCCUGACCAAAUCCCCCUCGAACUCACCAUCGCCACCGGUGACGCCACCGCCCUGCCCGGAACUGAAUCUCACGCGAAUGGUGUCGCCACCGGCGCAGCACAUCAGUCAGAUACCACCACUGACGCCCUCCUCCGAGAGCGACCAAGAAUCACAGCCCGAUUCCCCAAAUCCACGAUCUCUGCCAGAGCCAGAGCCAGAACCAGAGCCAGAGCCAGAGCCCGAAACGCAAGAGGAGGAGGAGCCAGAGCAGGAGCCUAAGGAGGAGCUAGAACCAGAACCAGAGCCCGUGAGCGGCAGGGAUUACAGCCGGUCGCUGGACAACGAGGAUGAGUCGACCACCAUUACCACUCCACCGAGCAACGGGUAUUCGGCCUCCUCGAUCAUUGCCCCACCGCCAGAGCACUUUGCGGAGUUGGAUGAGGACAGCGUGGGCGGAGGAGCAGGACGUGGGCUCUUCAUUCCUCCGCCGCCCCUGAGCAUGGACAUGGAGGAGCCAGAGCCCUACGAGGAGCCCAUUACCCAGGAAGACGACGAGGAUCCCCUAUCCGUGGACAGGGAGGAGGGACACGCCGACAGCAUCAGCUCCCCACGAGCCGCGAGCAUCGCCAGCGGCGGCAUCAUGUCCACCAGCGGGGCCAUAGCGGCCAUGGCAGCCAACGCCGCUCCUGGCAGCGGCUCUCCCAAGCUCUCGGAGAGUCGCGGUCCCAGCCGCACCGGCAGCCAGCGCUCCGCCACUGCAGCGGGCAUUCUCUCGCCACAGGCAUCCCUCAAGUCGCAGGCAUCCAUCAAGUCGCAGUCGCUAUCCCACUCCCAGUCGCACUCGCAAUCCUCCGGCAAGAGUCCCGUGGCAUCCAUCAAGUCCAGCUCCCAGCGUGUCCAGAGCCCGCCCGUGGGCGAAGGGGCUCCGGUCAUGCCUUCGCCGCCACUGAUGCGCAGUCCGCCGCCGGAGCAGGCCCGCCAAAUGCACAGUCCGCCAAGGAUCACAACGCCGCCGCGCGUCUGCAGUCCUCCACUGGUCAGCAGUCCACCCAAGCUAGCGGAGACGGCAGCAGCAGCCGCCGCAGCCGCCGUCACAGUCACAAUCAAGGAUCAGCCGAUCGUCAGCAGCAGCAGCAGCACCGCCGAGCCACCGAUCGCAACACUGAGCUUCCAGGAUGAGCAGAAGACCCAAACGCCACAGCCACAGCCACAGCUGCAGCCACAGCCGAAGCCAGUGACUACUCAACCACGGACGCACUUCACCAGCAGCCACCAUCACUACCAUUUGCCGCACCAGUUCCAGCAUCCGCACCACCAGAACCACCACACGCACAGCGUUCGCGUACCCACGCCCACUGUCCCCAGCAGCUAUGCCCCGCCGCCGCCACCGCCCACCGAUGACGGCUUCCCCGAGUACAGCCGCAAAAGCUAUAUCCCGGCCAUGGCCGCUCCUGUCCUCAGCUCUUCGCUGCUGUCAGCAGCCUCCGGCGAGGGUGCCGCAGCCCAUGUGACGGCGGCCAUUUCGCCUGGCCGCGCAUCGGCCCGCUCCGGCUCCCAGCACCAUGUGACCAUCGACGAGUCCAGUCUGCCGCGCAAGAGCAGCGUCAGCGUGGUAGAGGCCUCGGCCGGACCCAGUGGCAUUGUCGUCGGUGGCGGCGACGGGGACGGCGAUCGCGACGUCGGAGGCGGCGGUGGUGGCGGUGGCGACAGCUCCGAUCCACCAUCUUCACCUGGGAGCAGCUCCCAACAGGUGAGCGGCAGCCAGGCGGACGGACAGCUGGCCUUGAUGUACCACUCGCACCAGCUGACCAAUUAUCCGGCCAUCCUGCCGGCCAUCAAGCGCACCCAUCGGCCAUCGUUCGUCUAUCCGCCAAUGCCCAGGGUCAAGGCUGGCGAUGCUCUGGCCACACUUUUCUCCGCCCUGUACGGAAAGCUGCUGGUGGUCAUGGGCGUGGCAUUUCCCAUGGCCGAGGUUAUUUCCACCUACAUACCGCCAUCGUUCUACGAGGUAUACUAUCUAUAUUUGUAUAUUGGUAGCAUGAUCUUUCUGCUGUUCAUGUACGCCACGUUGCUGUGGGGUCGCCCCAAGCUACCAACACCCAUGGCCACAUCACCGAAUAAAACAACAAAGACCAGCACCUCGGACAGCAUGGACGAGUCGGACACGGACAGCACCUCGAACCAUCGGCGCCUGCCACCGCCCAUCCAGGUGCGGCGUCCAUCCCUGCUGUCACCCCUGGGCAGGCAGCAUCACUAUGGCAGCUUCUAUCUGCGCAUGGGCGCUGUGGCUUUCGGGAUUGGCAGCAUGAUCUAUUCGGGUCUGGAGUUUGGGCAGUACUUUGAACUGAAUCCGGACACCAAGUGCCACAAUGUGCUGCUAGCAUUGACGCCGGCCACCCGGAUGGCCUUCAUCUUCAUCCAGAUGUACUUCAUCUUCCUGAACAACGAGCAGAUCAAGGUGUACCGCUACAAGAUCAUCGCCCGCUUCGGCCUGAUGCACAUGAUCGGCACCAAUCUGGCCGUCUGGCUGAACGUGCUCAUCCAGGAGACGAAGCACGAGAUUCUCACCUUUUACAAUCCGGAGAACCGCACGCUGCGCAUCUCGCAUCGCAUUCCGGGCCACUCACGCGGGCAUGCCGUCAUUCCAGUGCACGAUCCGACGGCGCACUUGAGGGUGGCUCGAGGCCUGAAGGGCCCCUACCAGAUCUUCGAGUGCCGGCGCACCAACAUCAUCGGAACUUUGGUGCAGGACGCCUCGCCCUUCCUUUUUCCGUGCACCAUCGAGUACUCGCUGAUCUGUGCCGCCAUCCUGUACGUCAUGUGGCGCAGCAUCUCGCGACCACAGAGCAAUCCGCCGCAACGCCCGGACAUGAUCAGCUCGCCGAUGAAGCGCUCACCCCACCACUACUCCGUGGACUGUGCACGGGCCCACAAGGGCCUCUUUGUGGGCAUCCUCAUCCUGGUGCUGACCAUCAUCUCGCUCAUCAUAUUCUUUGUGCUGAUCUCGCGGCCGGAGUUCGUCUCGAUGGCCGUCACCGAAGUGACCAUAUGCGAGCUUCUCAUCUACGGCACGGCCACGAUCGCCACUCUGGUGGGGAUGAUCCAGAUCCGGCAUCUGCAGUACGAUGCCUACCGCAGCUUUUCUCUGGACGAUAUCCUGCUGGUGGGCGCCCAGACGGGCUCCUUCCUGUACAACAUCUUCACGGUGAUCGCGGGCCACUUUACGCUGCGCAGCGACGACAUGCUGGUGCCCAUCAAUGCCCUGGCCUCAAUCGUGCAGACCGCCUGCCAGACGAUGUUCAUUCUGGACGCCAGUCGACGCCAGGCCGUCAGCCCCGAGCACAUCCGCAAAAAGCCCGGCCGGGAGAUCGUCACGUUCAUGCUGGUGGUGAACCUGGCCAUGUGGGCGAUCAGUACGCUGGAGAAAUCGCGCGCCGAAUCGCAUCCCAUCCAGCUGAACUUCUACGGGCUGUGGGCCUGGACCAUCAUCACGCAUGUGUCCAUGCCGCUGGCCAUAUUCUAUCGCUUCCACUCGACCGUGUGCCUGUGCGAGAUCUGGAAGCGGGCCUACAAGCUGAAGCCCACGUAUAUGUGAGAAUUCGCCCGCUCGCGCAUUCAGAGCAUUGCGCAGCAGCAGCAAUUCUGCGAGGAUCUCAAGACGAACCUCUCCUACUGCUACUGCUCCACGACCCUCGCCGGCGGCGAGCUGGAGACCGUCGAGGAGGUGGACAGCGGUGAAAGUGCCAACACCAACACUGGAGAGGCGGCAGGUUCGGGAUCGGGUUCGGGUUCAGGUUCAGGAUCCGGUUCGGGAUCCGGUUCGGGAUCGGGAGCGGUGCCUGAAGAUCAGGAGAAGAUUGAGGCUGAGGCUGGCAAGGAGGAAGUGAAAGAUGCCCUGGGCGGCGACAGUGGGCGGCGUGCACUGUCGCCGCAGAGCCUCAACACGGAGAAGGCCUUCUGUCCGGUCUACGUCAUAAAUGGUGAAUGAGUUUACGCGCACUUUGAGUUCAUUGACGCAACAAGCGGCCAUGAGCUCAGCUUUGUUUAGGAUACGCACCCGCCAUAAGCCAUAAGCCAUAAGCCAUACGUCAUAAGCCACACAAGAGAAGGAGCACCAGUAGCACCCACCACAGCGCACAUCACCCACCAAAAUCGUCAUGAAACCACCAUCAUUUUUGGGGCGGGUGCCAAGCAAAAGAGAUAAUCCCUAUCCCCCUCAAACGAAAACAAAAAAUAAAACAAAAAAACAUAUCCGCCAAAUCGGAAACGGAAAUCAGAAACAAAAACAGAAACGGAAAGGCGAUGCAUAAAUAAUCGCAAGCCCACGCAAUAUCGUAAAUGGUUUAAUCAAUAUGACAGUUCUGGUAGAUAAUACCCGUACUCGUACUCGUAUCUGUAGGUGGAUAUUCAGAGCAUAUACAAAAAUAUACCCUAAAAGUGUUGACUGUCUCUCUUUCGACCGAAUCAUGCAUUUUAUAUAUAUGAUAUAUAUACUAGUAUUGUAUUUAUAUAUAGAGACUGACUGCUGACUGUGUGGGUUCUUCGAGCAAUCACCACACCAUGAAGUAUUCAUCUAAUGAUCCUAAAGAUCAUAGAACUAAAUACAAUAUAAAACGGUAUACGCAUAGAGCAUAUAUACAUAUACUACUAGAGUCCUGCAGGAAUAUCCAAAGUGUUCACAAGCACUCACAAAACUCUUUCGAAAUUGCUCAAACAAUCUCUACCAGAAGAUCAUAUGGAGAAGGCGUUCAGUCCCGUUCUGCUCGAAUGCUUCGAAGUAUUUCAAAGUGUGUCGAAGGACUGAUUCGGUUGUGUGUUCAUGCAGGAAGUGAAAGAGCAGCAAAAAAAAAAUUGAAAAUAAAGAAGAGCUGAAAGAGAAGGAGAUGAUUCAUCAACCCCACCAAAAAUCAACCACAGAAAGUUUAUAAAAAAAAACACCACUCGUACUACAUAGUAGACGGUAUAGACAGUAUAGCACAUAAAUAUAUAUACACAUACUCGUAUGUAGAUGGUCUAUGCUAUCCAUAACACCAUUCCCUACCAUCAUUCCCCUACCCUACCAUCGCCUAUCGCCCCACAUUAAUGGAUCGUUUGUUGAAACUCCUAGUUUAUCACAGCGUUAAUAAUGCAUUUUAUUAAGUAAUUUUUGGAUGGGUUAAGAUCUUGUUAGGACCUUGUUUGCCACCCCAGAAGCGGAUAGGUUUUUUGUGAUACAAAUUUGUGUUUUUGCUUGUUCCGAUUUAAACUGAUUCUUUAACUAUUAUAUUAACCAAAUCUUUCAGUAUUAAAAAGCAAAAAAACAAAACAAAAAAAAUUAAAGAAAAAUGGAUAAAAAGCUCAAAAACUGUAGAGAGACAAAUCACCAGAUAACACCUACUAUAAGGCGCACAAAUCUACAUAUAUAGAUUAAAGCAAUUUUAAGGAUAUAUAUGAAUAUGAAUGUCUGUUUUUUUUGUGUCUACCAUAAGGGUAUAAGAUAUAUCUAUGCAUAUACUAUAUAUACAUAUAGGAUUAGACUCCACAUACAUUUACGAUACGCGAUUGUCUUGUAUAUUUUGUCAAUGCCAAAGAGUUCUUUAAGCUUAAGUUGAGAUUACUUUCCUCUUCGAUACUGAUACUGAUACUGACGAUGGUGUGAACGACUUGACCAUCCGACCGACUCAUCCAUUGUACUAUAUUCAAACGUUAUUAAUGCCAAAACUGAUACCAAAAAUAGUACGAAGAAGAACCACGAACCACAUGAACCACAAAGAGAUGAACACUUAUACAUAAUAAAUUAGUUAUUUCAAUUUUAUACUCGAUACUAAAUUUUUAAACUAGAAUUAAACUGUAACUUUGUAUGCAUUUUCUUAUAUAUGUAUUUAUUGUACACCGACUUUGGACACUGCUCAAAAACAAAAAAACCAAAAAACGAAAAAAUUAAAAAAAUCAAAUUGAAAUUGUAUUACUUAGAAUUUAUUGUACUCUACUCGUAAGUAGAAGUUGGGCUAUGAAAUGCCACGAAACUCAUUAGAGGAACUCCUAUUCCGAGUAUUAGGAAAACCGGAUUCAAACGAAUCGGUUCGAACACGAAACAAAAAAUAACAUUUUAAGCAAAAUAAUAAAGAGAAAACAAAAAAAAAAGUAACAACAUAUAGUAUUCAAGUUAUACCCAAAAGCAAAACCAAAACCAAUUGAAAA